UUCCAGCAAUUUGGCUUCAAAAUUUUUCGUACAUUUCCCCCCAAAGUGCCUCUGUUUUCAACUGAACGAACAAGAUAUUUUGUUGUGAAUUUCUUCGAUUGCUGGCCAACUUCACGAACAACAGCUAUCACUUUUUUCUUUUUGCUUUUGGGCGUGCUCGGGGAGCGGCCAGCGCGGCGCCGCACGCCACGUGACCGGAAAGGCGGCCGAGAACGACGCCAUGGCGCGCGCAGCGGCGGCGGGACGAUCGGCUCAGAGGCGCUCGCGCGGGCCGCCUGUCGAGAUCCCCCGCGCCCACCACGCACGCCGCCCGGCCACGACGCCCGCGAGCUGACACGAGGCGAGAGGCGAGAGGCGUGGCGGGCGCAGCGCGCGCGGGCCGUGCGGAGGGGAGCGCCGAGUGCCAUGGACGGGGUGACGCUCUGGGACGGCUCUGCCGCCCCCCCUCCCCGUUCUACUUUUCAAAUGAUAUGA